AUGUUAACAGAUGAAUCAGAGGUUAUAUUUAGCAGUAAUGGAUAUAUUGAAUACCAAAAAGGGAACAUGCCUUUAAUUGUUUGCAUACCAUAUGAAGGACAUCAGCAUCUACCAGAAGUACCAAAUCAUAAAAAUUCCUCAAAAAUAAUUACAAAAAAUAAUCUAUAUAUUCAAGAAAUUGGAAAAGAUCUAAAAAAGAAAAUUAUAAAACUUAAAAGUCAAUCUUAUUUAAUAAUAAAUCACUUGCAUAGAAGCAAACUUGAUGCUAACUGCAAAUUAGAAAAAGAAUCUUCUGCUCCUGAAACUAAAAAAGCUUGGAAAGAAUAUCAUAAUUUUAUAUCUCGAGCGAUUGAAGAUAUAAAAGAAAAACAUGGAUGUGGCUUAUUGAUUGACCUUCAUGGACAUGAGCAAUCUGAAAAUAUCAAGUUGGAAUAUAUGCUAUUAAAAGAGGAGUUAAUGCUAUCAGAUGAACAAAUUAAUCAAUUCUCAUUUUUUCAAACUGAGUCUAGCAUAACAAAUCUUUACUUUAAUUAUAAAAGAAUUUUAUUCUUUUCAGAAUUGCUAUAUAGACAAUUUAAAUCUCUUGGCAGAAAGUUGCAAUCAUAUAGUUAUGAAACAACUCCUUCACAUAUUAACCAGUAUCCCAAAGAUGAGAAGUAUUUUUCUGGUAGAUAUACUAUAAAAAAAUAUAAAUUAAUAUUGAUGCAAUCCAAAUUGAAUUACCAAGAAAAUAUCAUCCAGAUAAACCAAAUAAAGAAAGUCACAAAUUUUUAG